GGCUUUAUGGGCAAGCCUCAGUGCGCAUGCGCACGGUAGGGGCGAGCGGCCUGCCUGGGCGGUUCGCGGAGAAGGUGGCGCGCAGUUGUUUUUAUGCCCGCUGCAAUGUCUCGGAGGGGAGGAAGCAGGUUCGCAAAUUCCAGGGCAGGAUUUCAGCCUCCAGUGAAAGAGGUGCCUGUACCUGCCGGUUUAAUUAAAGCGGCAAGGAAGAGUGGACAGUUGAACCUUUCCAACAGAGACUUAAGUGAGGUACCCCAGAGUGUAUGGCGGAUAAAUGUGGACCCACCAGAGGAUUGUCAUUUGAAUGUGUCGUUUAAUGCAAGUGAACGGUGGUGGGAUCAGACAGACUUAACUAAACUUAUCUUGGCUUCCAACAAACUGGAGUGCUUAUCAGAAGAGAUUCAGCUCCUACCAGCCCUCACAGUACUUGAUGUCCAUGACAAUCAGCUGACUUCCCUUCCUUGUGCAAUUGGCCAGUUGCUGAAUCUCCAGAAGCUCAAUGUCAGCCACAAUAAACUAAAAGAAUUGCCAGAUGAACUUUGUAAUUUAAGGACCUUGAAAAAUCUGCAACUACAACAUAACGAAUUGGAAAGGAUUCCAGAUGGUAUUGGUCACCUUGUUCAUUUGGAAGACCUGGAUAUGUCCAGUAACAGACUUUCAACAAUUCCAAGCACACUUGGCGAGCUGGCAGAUCUACAGCGAUUCAAUCUGGCUGGUAACAAACUUAAGAGCAUACCCUCAGACAUCAGCAAAAUGAGAAGCUUAAAGUUUCUGGAUGCAACUCGUAAUGAACUGGAAUGUGUCCCUCCGGAGUUAGCAGGCAUGGUUUCAUUAGAACAGCUUUAUUUGAGGCAUAACAGGCUUCGCCAUCUACCAGAGUUUCCAUCCUGUAAAUAUCUGAAGGAACUGCAUGUUGGAAAUAACCAGAUUGAGUAUUUGGGGCCAGACCACCUGAAACCUUUAAGUGCCAUCAGUGUAUUGGAGCUCCGUGACAAUAAACUGAAAUCUCUGCCAGAUGAAAUUCUUCUGCUUCAAGGCCUAGAACGACUGGACCUCACAAAUAAUGACAUUAGCAGCUUGCCAUAUAAACUAGGAAAUCUUCCAAAGUUGAAAUCUCUGUUGCUGGAGGGCAAUCCACUGCGUUCUAUUCGCAGAGACAUUAUUAAUAGAGGAACACAAGAGCUUCUCAAGUACUUAAGGAGUAGAAUAGAAGAGCAACCAGCUAGCCAAGGUGACAGUGGUCCAGGAACAGCUAUGACAUUUCCAAGCGAGUCUAAGGGCAGUGUGUACAGCCUGGGAACACAUAAGGUUUUAGAAUACAGUAACAAGAAAGCCACUGUUGUUCCAGAUGAAGUGUUUGAUGCCUCUGAUGGAGCUCCUGUUGUUAGUGUGAACUUGAGUAAGAAUUUGUUGACUGGAGUCCCUUCUAGGAUUGCAGAGCUUAAAGCCACAGUGACUGAUGUAAAUCUUGGUUUCAACAAGCUUGAUUCUAUUUCCUUGGAGCUUUGCACACUGGAGCACUUGACACAUCUGGAUCUUAGAAACAACCUUUUGACUUCACUGCCUGUGGAAAUGAAAAGACUACAACGAUUACAAACAGUAAUCCUCUCAUUUAACAGGUUUAAAGAGUUCCCUGAUGCCUUAUACCAUAUUCCACUACUGGAAACUAUUCUCAUGAGUAACAAUCAGGUUGGGGCAAUUGAUUCUAUCCAGCUGAUGCAACUUGACAAACUAUCUACACUGGAUAUGCAGAACAAUGACCUGAUGCAUGUCCCACCAGAGCUGGGGAGAUGCAUAAACCUAAAAACUCUCUUACUUGAAGGAAACCCAUUUCGUAAUCCAAGGCCAGCUAUUUUAGCCAGAGGAACAACUGCAGUCCUGGAAUAUCUUAGGAGCCGCAUUCCUACAUAAAUCUGUGCCUUAGAGAAUGAGAUUUCUCUCAUGGUGUUACAGUUGUUUAAUAGUUUAAUGUGAAUAAGGUAUUGUGGGUUCUGGUGAGAAAGUUGGCUUAUUCUAUUAGCUUAGUUUUUUUUGAUUACUUUUGUUUAUAUCAUUCUAAAGUUGUCUGCUAUAGUUUGAUUUCAGUGCAGGCUGAAUACAUUGAAUGGGAUUUAUUUGAAUAAGUUUUGAUAUACUCUGCCUGUUUUGGAUGCUUCUGAUUACUUUAUCAAUUCAGUCUAUAUACAUGCGUUGGGUGGGUAUUCUUUGAAAUGUGUUGAAGCUUAUUUGGCUUGGAUAACUUUUUAUGUUUUUGUAUAAAAGGAGAAAGCAUUAGGACAGAUUUGGCUAUUCAGAGAUAACAACCUUCUCAUCACUCAGGUCCUCUGCUCAUCCUUCUCACCCACCCUUGUCCCCUCCUCUUUCAUCAUCCUCCCACAUUUCUCCUCUCUUCCAUUCUCUGCCCUUUCCACACCCUCUCUCUGCAAAGCAGUAAGACUAUUUCAUAUGCUAUUCACAGCUACAAUAUACAUUUCUGAUGCCUUGCUUUCCAAUUAAGGGCUGCUUAAUUUAUGACAAUAAAUUUGCACAUUUUUGAAUAAGAAUUAUUUCUAGCUUUUGGAUGGUUGUGAAAUUCAUCAACUGAGUUAACUACUCUCCAUUGAUGAAGUUGAUCAGACUAAUAUGAAAGUGCUGUUGAAAUUAUGGUCCUGCUCGGCAGUGAGAUAUAGCAAUAACCAGCUGUUUUCGGCUUGAAGUUUGAAACUCCUGUAUUGAACAUGUCAGCUAUAAAGAAAGAAUUUUGAAACCCUUAAUUAUGGGGAAAAAAAUCCCAAAAUGAUAAUAUGGCCAAAUAUAUUCUGUGACCUGCCAAAUUUGCUCAAACAUUUUAGCAAAAUGAAAUUAUACCUGUUGCUUGAUUCAUCAUCUUACAGAUAAAUUCCAAUCCAUUUAAUAUGGUUUAAUAGAAAUUUAUAAACUUCCAAUGUUGUCUUUGGAAUGACUGUUUAUCUUUUUGCAUAAUUGUAAUUUUGUGUGUAGAUUUUGAAGUUUAAUUCAGUGCUUUCAAGUUAUUUAAAAUAGGAUUUGUUCUAGAACAAUACUUUCUAGCAAUGCUUAGUGUUGAAUUUUACAUGCAUUAAUUAGGUUAUAAAUAAACCAUAUUAAUGAUUCUUAUUUCAAUGCUGAUUUUGUGGCCGUUUAUACUUUCAAGGAUUUAACCACAGAACAAUCAGUUAUUUCAGGACAUCAAAUAAUAUUCAAUGUUGAGUUGUACUGAUUGUUUGGGUAAAUGCAUUACGUGGUGUGGUACUGAGUCAUGCAAAUCAGAAUGAACUGAUCUUUAGAAAAAAAACCUACACAGGAAACUAUAUUUAAUAUGUGUAGUAUUCCAAUACUUGCCUGUCUGAGGGUUAAUAAGCCCAGACUGAAUCUCAGGAUUAAACGUAGAAUUUUCAUGCUUUGCGGUGCUUGGUACCACAUUAAUGGAGUGCAUUUAUUGAUAACUACAGGAGAAGGCAUCUCAAAAAAAAAUCAUUGGUUGUUUGGUUUAUUUGGAUCAAUAUCCCAUCGACUCCCACCCUUACCCAAGUCUGAAAUAGAAUCUUGUUCUUAUGAAAGCUAUAGAUCGUGUUUGACAGUGAACAAAAAUCACGAUUACCUGCUCCAGAAAUGCAAAUCAUUAGCACAGUUUUAUAUUUUGACAAUAGCAUUAGUACAUUAAGAAUUCAUUAAUUCAACCUAAAAAUUGGGAUUUAAAAAAACAGACUAUGAAAUUCGAUAAUGAAAUUUAUGCAAUACAGCAUUGACAUGAUAAAUCCAUUCAGCAAAGAGAUUAUUUACAAAUGUGUGACAAUUUAAAUUAACAUCUGUUCAUUAAAGAGACUUCAUACAUUAUUCACUUUUUUUAAUACAGAAAAAAUCCCAGAAUUUCAAAGCCCAAAAAUAGCUCUGCUAUACUUUGCACCCAAAUUGGAAAUGAGUAGCUUAGUUCCUUUUAAUCUCUGGUAAAAUUUCUCCAAGUAUGUACAUACAGAAUAUGUAAAAUGCAUUUUGAACACAGAUAUACACUGUACCAGUAAAAUUGUCAAUUCCUAAAUAAAAUUGGAAGGAUUAAACUUGCAUGUGCAUUUGAACAAACAAGUUUUGUCAACUUCACUAUAGUGUGUGAAAUUAAAAACUGUAAAAUCCUGUAAAGUUUUUUUUUGUCUUUUGUUGCACAUAAAGCAGCUUUCAAGUCGAGUAAAAUAUUUUUGACUGCAGAAGCAGAUGUUUACAUUCACAAUCUAAAUGAUAAGUUAUUUAAAUGCCAUUUGUUGACAGUUAUUUACAAAAUACUGCAGUUAGACUAAAUUUUACCAUACUUCUUUCUCAUUUAUGAAUUAUGACAUAGAAAAGUGACUGUUUUCUUUUACAUCAACAAAGCUGCAUUUACAUAAGGGUUCAUUUUUACAAUGCAACCUGCUCUGUAAUAUCUAAACCAGUGUGGCCUGAGGAUAGUUUCCCUUCUGUCUCUUGCACUAUGGAAACCUCAUCCAUGCACAAUCCAGUUACAGAAUGUUCACUAAAAUAGGAUUCCUUCCCUUCACUUUUACUUUCCAACAAGAAUGUUGUAUUGCAGACUGUUUUAUCCCAGGUUCCAAACAGCAAGGGAAAAUACUUCUACAAAUAGGUUUGGUUUAAACUUUCCUCUUCUAUUUUUCAAUGAUUUAAAUUUGGAGCUCAUUAUGUGGAGAGCGCACCAUGCUCUGUUGUUGGAAACAUUUUUCAAAAUAGCCUCCAAGAAAAGUUGGAAGUGUGACUUUCAGUUAAGUUGAUUAAAAACUGCAUUAUUAGAUAGCUGGAAAGAACUUUUAAUGGAGCCAACAGGGGUAUAUAGAAUAACAAAAGAUACAAUUAGUCCAUCAGAGCCUGAACAAAAAAAAUUAAACUUCUGUUACAGCACAUUUUGAAAACCGAAAAAGAUAGAUUGAAAUAAUUAAUUUUAACUAUUCUUAAGAAUUUUGGGGAAAUUUGAGUGCAUUUUAGCUGGAUGUGGUGAAUUCCCUCCCCCACAUCUUUAGUGGAGGUGAAAAAAUUGGAAAACAGUAAAACAACAAAUUGAAGAUAUUGGAUUUAAUUAGUAAGUAAGUGCACACUAGAGUUGAUAGUGAAGAGUAAAGCUUUGAAUUGUAGGAACAUGGUCUGGUUAGUUGGCAGAAAGUGACAUGGAAUUCAAUUGAGACAUGCCAUGCAAGGUUAUACUUUUGAGGAGGUGCAACAAAAUGAGAAAAUAUACAAUAAAUAGGAGGAUCUGGAAUCUCUGAGUAGAUGUGCAUGGAUCCUUAAAGGCGACAUACAGUUCAAUGAAGUAAUUAAAAAGGCAUAAAUGAUGUAAAUUAUCUGCGGCUAAGAAUACAAGAUACAACACCAGUUAAGUACAGCUUAAGUAGUAUGUGCAGUUCUGGUCAUCACAUUGCAGCUGUGCCUGUGCAAUCACAUCUUUCCUGUAGAAGGGAUUUACUAGAUUGUUGCCAGGACUGGAAAAUUGUAGUUAUGAGGAAAGAGUGGAUAAGCUGGUACAACAGAAGAGGCAGAACUGAAAUGUAUUUAAGUAGGAGGGGGCCUAAAAUAGAUGAGGAGAAUGUAUUCCCUUAGCAGAGGGGUCAAACACCAAAGAGCAUAGAGUUAAUGUGAUUGGUAGAAAAGACACAAGUAGCAAAAUGUCUCCACCCAGAGGGUGAAGGCAGGCUGAAACUGCCUGCAUGGAUGAAAUAGGCAGAAACCUUCAACAAAUUUAAAUAGCACUUAAAAAUGUUCUUGUACAGCCAUUACCUGCAUGGCAACAAAAUAAUUGCUGGAGAGUUUUUUUUGUUCGACCAGCAUCUGAUGGGCUGAACAGUUUCUUGUGCCCUAGAUUUUCUCUGAUUCAUUGACUGAGAAAAUACAAUACAGAAUAUUCACUUCACCAUAGUGAAAGUGGAAUUCUGAAGCUUCAUAUAUAAAGGCAAUAUUGCACAUCAGGUUUGGUAAUGUGAAAAACUACUACUGAAUUUUGUUCCUAUAUGCA